UUUUGCACCUGACCACACUCGCUCAACUCUCGCCGCGUCUGCGUCGUCCAACACCAUCCAAACUGGCCUAAACACACUCGCUUCCGAUAGCAGUCGCUUAGUAGUCACUCGCGCUCACUAUCUCCGUCGUCUCAUCGCGGUCGAAGAUCAGUGAGUCCGCCGCUCAUGCUUUUCUUACCUCCAGAUGAGACCUAGAUAUAUUUGCACGUCAGUCAGAGUAGAGACUUUCAGAGUUCUCCGCACAGGACGCUAAAUUUCGCAUUUCUGACCCUUCUCUUAUCGUUCCGCUUAUGUUCGCAGAACUGACAACACUUGCAGUCCUCGCGCUGACCGUGCAUUUACGGCUGACUUCAGUAAUAGUGCUCACUAUCGUCAAUUUCUUCUGCCGGCCUUCUUCGGUCAAUGUCUAACGGCGCCUCGACGUCCAAUAAUGGCCCAAGCGUCCCACUUGUCCCCACCAACACAGUUACCACUGCUUCUGGUCUGACUGUCCGUACCCGCAUCGAUCCAGUUCUCACAGUCGACGAUGUCGUGAGGCAACUUUGUAUCAAUCUUCAAAUCAACGAACCACCCGGGCAUUUUGCGUUGAGGGAUGAGAGCGAUGAACUUGUCACCAACGACAACCUGAGGAAGAAGAUCAAGGCCAAGGUCAACCUCAAGCUGGUCGACGCACCAGCUCGAGAAGCGCGCGAGGUCGCCGACAAGUUGAAGCUACGUGAAGACGCCCUCAAGAUGACUUUAUUUACUCUGCAAAAGUACAUUCGAGAAGAGCAAUUUGCUCAAUCUUUUAUCAACUGCUCUGGCUUGUCAGACCUCAUAGACGUGAUCUUCAGCGCGCACGGUAACACCUUGGCGUACGCACUCACCGCCAUGCAGAAUCUGAUGGAGCUUGACUACGGGUGGGCAACCCUUGACGAUGCGUUCAUCUUGCAGAUCGUCCAGAUAUUGUCUUCGCCAACUUCGCUGAUCAAUGUCUGUCGUCCGGCGACGGCCAUCUUGAAGAAGCUGGUCGAAGCGGAUCCGAUGAGUGCUCCUGGCAUGCAGCUUGCUGGAUCUAGUCGGCUGCCACCGGCUGUCUCGGACGACUCUGUCUACCGCUAUGGAUUCUCUGUUGUCUUUGAGCAGAUGAGGAAGGGCCGAGGAUUUCUGGAAACUGUGAUCAGUCGUCUGGGCAGUGCAGAUACUGCUAUGGCUCAAUACAGCAUCAUGCUGAUCAACUCACUUCUUUCGCAUGCGAGCGACGCUCGAUGGGAAGAAUUCAUAUCCGAACUCGAACGACUCAAUGUCCGAAAAGCAAUCGUGAAACUGAUGUCCUCGCAUACAAGCGAGGACCUGACCUCAUCCAUCCUCGACUUUCAAGCCAAUCUCAUCCGCGUGACCUAUCGUAAGAAGACUACGAUGAUCGAUCCAGAAAGCGAGCCCGCCCAUGCCGCAGCGCUCAAGGCCAUAUGGGCUAGCAGUCAUGUAUCAGAAGUCAUCGACAGCAACGGACAUCUGAUGAAAUGGCGACUGCUAGGUUUUGACUCGGAGAACGUCGAAAUGGAGUUCACUGAUGUCGGGGUGUUGGGCUUGGAAUGCUUGCACAAGUUCAUCGAGACAGACCCGGAUUUUCCCAAAAUCGUUCAAGAACAACUGAGCCGUCCGCCCAAUCGGCGCUGUCCCAUAGCCAAAGCGUCGAACGAAGUGGUCGAGAUGCUAUCAGAGCACUGGGCGAUUUUUGCACCGGGAUAUUCAACCUCGAUAGCAUUCCAGCCGUUCUUCCUCGACUUCUAUCGGGUGCACGCAUUAGCGACCCGUUUCUUCAUCCGAAUGUGGUCGGACAGUGGAGCUGCUGCUGGUGACUUUGCGCGGGUUGCUGCUUUGGUCCGAAGCCAAUCGAAAUUGGCACUUCGCAGCGAGAAUGUGCGAGCCUGGCACGAGGUCGAGCGUGAUUUCAAUGAAUGCGAGUACCGGCGUGUGCGGGAAAGGCAGAUGAAAGACCUGGAGCUGGAGGAUGACUUGCUGAGCAAGAUUCCCAUUCGUAACCUGCGAGCCAAGUUGUACAAGGAGUCAUUCGAAUUCGUCAAACAACAGAGAAUACAGUGUCUGCUUCAGGGCGCCUGGUUCAUUAACGCUGUUCCAUCGGGUUCUUCUGCAGCACGUGAAGCACCUCGGCGGCCGACACGACCCUGGCGCUUUAUGCGAUUGGACCCAGGGCUCAAGUAUCUGUACUAUACCGACAGCACCGUCAAAUUCGCUGUGCGCAGUGGGUUCGAGGAUCUCCCAGAGCGGAUCGAUGUUUCUGCGAUCAGCGAAAUCGCGACAGGCACUGGUUUCGCUCCCCCAAAUGUUCUGCGCGAACAGGGGGAUCUACCGCCGACCUCACCGCCGACCGCAUCGCCGCUGUCAUUUUCCCUGCUCAGUGCUCAUCAAGGAUCGCUGGCUGAUCAAGUUGCACCCGACCAGUCGCGUUGGGCUGAUUGGACGGAUGGCCUGAACAUGCUGCGCCGGGACAGCGGGCACGUCUCUUCCGAUGAGACGGCUGGCUUUGUCCAGGCAUUGACGGAGAUUGGGCUCAAGAUCAAGCUUUUGGGUCAGUGGCAGCACUGGCUGUGUCAUGAAACAAACCUGCUCACCAAGAUGUUCAGAUUUGACGGGGGAAAUGGUCGAGAUACCGAGCGGAUUGGUCGCUGGCCCCCCGCCUGCCAACACUGACUUCUUCUUCUCCGAGCUCAUGUAACUUUAAUUCUGUUAUGUAUUAUGGAGACUGUAUCAACUGCCUGUAAAUGGAAUUACAUCUGUCCCUUGCGCAUCAAAUUUCGCCGAAUCCGGCGCUUUUCCGCGCCUAGACCUUCGCUUUUAUCCCACUGCAGAAAUGGGGCUUUGGGGUUCUCUCCCUGCUCCCGAAAGUCAAGCAUCCCCCAAACUGGGAGUUCCAUUUCGCCUUUGACUAGGACUCGGCCGUUCGCGAGGUACCGCGGCGGGAGAGGGGUGAGAAUGUGGCACGCGUUGGGCGAAACUGCCCGGAUGAAAGCAAGGCCGCGGCAGUUCGAGGUUGAAGUUGAUGGUGGCCCAUCGCCCUGAGUUGAUCCCGGUUCACAAGCGACGAGACCGACCAAAGCGCCAUUGAGGACCCGAUCGAUCUCGGAGGGAACGACAUCUUCGGCUCCAGCGCCACUCAGCACGAUUUUGUCGAAUGCGGCAGCCCAAUCGACCUCGUACGGCGCACGACCGCUCAGCGGCACUGCGGUGUUCCAGCUCUCUGCUCGCAUCUCCACCUCCGGCAUUUCCCCCGAUUCUCCGUCACCGCC